AUGAACCCAUUAGAUGCUAUUUGCGACGUCAAACGUAACGAUGCAGUGUGCGUCAGUAAUUUAAAGUCAGCUAAGCCUGUCGAUAAGGCUGUGCUACAAGAACGACCGGAUGUGAAAAUAUUCCUGCCCUUCAGAUUCCAUUUCUAUAAACCUAAGGAUCUGUUUAAAGAAAAUAUGUAUAAGAACUAUUUAGUGGCUCCGGGUGGCGAUCAUGUUCUAAGUUUAGUCGACGAGAUUUCAUAUACAGCCCCACCAGCGCCUCCUCUAUCUCAAAUGCAUGAACUACCACCAGAGUUGUUCUGCAAUGGCGACAAUAGACCUGCUGACUGCUCAGUUGAUUGCAGAUGUACGCACAUGAUCGACGUGCCUUUAAAUUCCAUUGUUGAAAUAGUUCUUGUGGAUGAAGUACAAUCACCGAAUCUUUCUCACCCAUUCCAUCUCCACGGGACGUCGUAUAACGUUAUUGGUAUGGGUCGAUCGCCAGAUAAGAAUAUCAAGAAGAUUAACUUGAAGCACGCACUAGACCUCGACAGAAAGGGUCUUCUGCAUAGGCAGUAUAAUUUACCGCCCUUUAAAGACACACUCGCCGUGCCCAAUAAUGGAUACGUUGUAUUGAGACUGAAAGCUGAUAAUCCAGGCUAUUGGCUGUUCCAUUGCCAUUUUAUUUACCACAUAGUCAUCGGGAUGAACUUAAUAUUACAUAUAGGAACACAGAGAGAUCUACCGCCCGUGCCGCCGAACUUCCCCAGAUGUGGGCACCAUUUACCGUCAAUAACAUCACCAGCAUACUAUCCAAUUCACUAA